AUGGUGUCUUACGAUCCUCCGUUUGGAUACUCCCUUCGUGUGAACGGCAGCUGCCCCGAGCGCACUAAGCAAUGCAGGGUCACUUGGGAUGGCUUCGUUGCCUGCUGUCCAUCAGAAAGCACCUGCAUGGUAUCAGAUAACAACAAAAAUCCAAUCUGUUGCCCGAACGAGGCAGAUUGUCGCGAGCCUCUUUUCCGGAUAGCUCAUUGCGCCAACGCAGGAUGGGCCAUGUACGAACAUUACGGUCUUUUCUGCUGCAAGGGAGAAGACCAGGGGUUUUGGACAUCGGAAAAGGAAUAUAAUAACAGUGUCGGGUGCGCAAGGCAACCCGAGGGAGUUUCCCGGACGAUUUUGAAUCCAAUAGCGCAAACUAUCUCGUCCACGACUUUCACGUACCCCCAGACAGCAACUUCAACGUCAGCUUCGACGUCCACACUUGCAUCCGUGCCUCCUACGUCCGAAACAACUACGUCUGACUAUGUGUCCAGCUCCGGUGAUGACCAUAAAGGCACAAUUGCUGGUCUUGUUGUUGGUUGUGUUGCUGGUGUGGCUCUGAUUAGUGCUUUGAUUUGGUGUUUGCUUUGGCGUCGACGACAAAUGAAACAGUCUGGACCCGGUUCAGAUUCACAACCGUCCCCGGGCCAUUACAAAAAGCCAGAACCUUCGCCCCAGGGUGAGCUGAGUGAGUUGCCAUAG